CGCGGUGACGGUGCACGCGGCUGGGCGGGCUGCGAGGGAACCCCGCGUUGAGGAGGAGGGGGCUCGGUCCUGAUGGAGAGCUGUGGGCGCCGCGCCGAUCAGCGCGCGCGUUGGGUGAGCCGGCAGGACUGACUAUUAACAUUCCGUCCACGUCGGGAGUGUGGGAAGGAUCGACAAGACCAUGCUGGCGGGUCUGAAGGUCAAGAAGCAGGAGCUGGCCAACAGCUCGGAUGUGACCCUCCCAGAUCGGCCACUGUCCCCUCCUCUCACUGCUCCCCCGACCAUGAAGUCUGCGGAGUUCUUCGAGAUGCUGGAGAAAAUGCAGGGAAUCAAGCUUGAAGAGCAGAGGCCAGGACCCCAGAAGAACAAGGAUGACUAUAUCCCGUACCCCAGCAUUGAUGAGGUUGUGGAGAAGGGAGGCCCAUAUCCUCUGAUCAUCCUGCCUCAGUUUGGAGGCUACUGGAUUGAGGACCCAGAGAACGUGGGUACUCCAACGUCACUGGGCAGCAGCGUCUAUGAGGAGGAGGAAGAGGACAGCCUGAGCCCCAACACAUUCGGCUACAAGCUCGAAUGCAGGGGUGAAGCCAGGGCCUACCGCAGGCACUUUCUAGGCAAGGAUCAUCUAAACUUUUACUGCACUGGCAGCAGCCUGGGGAAUUUGAUCCUGUCCAUCAAAUGCGAGGAAGCUGAGGGCAUCGAGUACCUUCGGAUCAUCCUCAGGUCCAAACUGAAGACGGUGCAUGAGAGAAUCCCCUUGGCUGGAUUGAGCAAGUUGCCCAGUGUCCCUCAGAUUGCCAAGGCUUUCUGUGAUGAUGCAGUGGGGCUGAAAUUCAACCCUGUUUUGUACCCCAAGGCCUCCCAGAUGAUUGUGUCCUAUGAUGAGCAUGAUGUCAACAACACUUUCAAGUUUGGGGUCAUUUAUCAAAAAGCCAGGCAGACCCUGGAGGAGGAGCUAUUUGGGAAUAACGAGGAGAGCCCAGCUUUCAAGGAGUUUUUGGAUCUCCUGGGGGACACCAUCACACUGCAGGAUUUCAAAGGUUUCCGAGGAGGCCUGGAUGUGACCCACGGACAGACAGGGGUGGAGUCAGUGUACACCACUUUCCGGGACCGGGAGAUCAUGUUCCAUGUGUCUACCAAGCUGCCCUUUACGGAUGGUGACACCCAGCAGCUGCAGAGAAAGCGGCAUAUUGGGAAUGAUAUCGUGGCCAUCAUCUUUCAAGAAGAAAAUACACCGUUUGUCCCAGAUAUGAUUGCGUCAAAUUUCUUACAUGCCUACAUUGUCGUUCAGGCUGAGAGCCCUGGCACAGAGACCCCAUCCUACAAGGUAUCAGUCACUGCUAGGGAAGAUGUGCCUGCCUUUGGCCCCCCUCUGCCAAGCCCACCUGUUUUCCAGAAGGGCGCAGAAUUCCGGGAGUUUCUGCUCACCAAGCUCACGAAUGCAGAGAAUGCUUGCUGCAAGUCAGACAAGUUCGCCAAGCUGGAGGACCGGACCCGAGCUGCUCUCCUGGACAACCUUCAUGAUGAACUCCACACACACACUCAGGUCAUGCUAGGCAUGGGCCCGGAGGAGGACAAGUUCGAGAAUGGGGGCCAUGGAGGAUUCCUGGAGUCUUUUAAGAGGGCCAUCCGUGUGCGCAGCCAUUCCAUGGAGACCAUGGUGGGUAGCCAGAGGAAGCUGCAUGGUGGGAACCUCCCUGGCAGCCUCAGCGGGGGCAUUGUCCACAACAGCAUGGAAGUCACCAAGACCACCUUCUCGCCUCCAGUGGCCGCAGCAACCGUGAAGAAUCAGUCACGGAGCCCCAUCAAGCGGCGGUCGGGACUCUUCCCCCGCCUGCACUCGGGCUCUGAAGGCCAGGGAGACAGCCGGACACGAUGUGACAGUGCCUCCAGCACCCCCAAAACCCCAGAUGGCGGACACUCUUCUCAGGAGAUAAAAUCUGAGACCUCAUCAAAUCCCAGCUCUCCAGAAAUUUGCCCCAACAAAGAGAAGCCCUUCAUCAAGUUGAAGGAGAAUGGCCGUGCCAACAUCUCCCGCUCCUCCUCCAGCACCAGCAGCUUCAGCAGCACAGCAGGGGAGGGCGAGGCCAUGGAGGAGUGUGACAGUGGGAGCAGCCAGCCAUCCACAACCUCGCCCUUCAAGCAGGAGGUGUUUGCCUACAGCCCAUCCCCGAGCAGCGAGAGCCCCAGUCUGGGGGCUGCCGCCACGCCCAUCAUCAUGAGCCGGAGUCCCACAGAUGCCAAAAGCAGAAACUCCCCGAGGUCCAACCUGAAAUUCCGCUUUGAUAAACUCAGCCAUGCUAGCUCCAGUGCGGGUCACUAAUGUGAAAGUGAAGACCUUCCCUUGUCCAAGGGAAGUGUGGAUUCUGGCCUACCGAAGGCUCCUAAUUCCAGCAGUUUGGGGGUGCCAUCCACUACUCUGACCGUUUAGGCCUGCUGUCUCACUGGCCACCUGCCCAGCGCACCAGCUGUCUGUUCCACGUCCUGACCUGGCCAUGACCUUGCCGGAUCCUUCUCCAGACCUGAAAGCCCCAACCUGUGCUUCUGACCUCCUGAUGUGACCGGCUAUCUGAGUCAACUAGCAUCUUGUUUUACAUGCAGGAAAAGAUAUGGGCAAGGGGGACUCUGAGUCCCAGGGGGCUCAGUGAGAAGCUAGGGAGCUUGUCUGCCCCAGGGACAGACAGAGGGGGUUGUGUGGUGGGGAGCAGAGGUAACUGCAGAAUGGUGGGUGGGUACUGUCUGUCUUGGGUUGCAGUGCAGUGCCUUCCUGGACAUGGUGGAAAGGCUGCUUUUCCAGGAAUAUCCCAGUAUCCUCCGGGUUGAAUCUUACUGCAUUUCCGACACAUCUGCCAGCCCAGGCCUAGGGAGCUCUGUCACUUCUGCCAGGGUCCCCUCAAGAGGCUCAGGCUGGUGGACGCUCUAAGUCAGAGCUAGGUGUUCUAGGACCCGGCUGCAUGCUCCCUUGACUGUAGUCUCAAGGUUUUUUCCUUUCUAAUUCUACACAAGCUGCUGAUUAUCUUUGUGGUUGGAGGAGCCCUGGUAAUGGGCAUCCAGGAGUGUGGAGUCCAAGGUGAACACAAGGCCAGUGCAGGAGCCUCUGGGUGAGAAGGCUUAUUAGGGGUUCAGGUCUCCACUUUUGUGAGAAUUUGGAAAAGACAUAGUUUAAGCCAUGUCUUAGGUGAGAGAGGGGGAGAUGUAGUGGAGGGUGACUUGGCAGGUUUUGGUCAGUCUAGUGUGUGGUGGUUGAAUUAGUGUUGGAAACAAUACAGUGUUCUUCCACCUCUGUGAUCCUGUUACCUGUGAGGGGACCAGUACUGCCCAGGGACUGAUUCUAGGCUCAGUCCCCUAGUCUUCAUCCUUCCAUCUCCAACUGCAGGUUUUUAGGCCAUUGUCCCAUCUUCAGGGCCCCUAGAAGCCCAGACCCCACGAGCCUGCGCUUUAAGCCACAGGCCAUCUGUACUCCUUGUUAUGGCCGCCUUCUCUGGGUGAGCCGGCUCAUCCUGAAGACUGAGAAGCUGUCUUUGGCUCCUCAGCCUUCCAGGUUUGCAGGAUGGUUCUGCUGCCGGGUGUGGAAUAGAGCAUCCAACAGGCUAAACACUGGCUCUACACAGCAGGCACUUGAAGAUCCCACCUCAUUAAGUACACAUGGGUCUGUGGCACAGGGCUGCUUGGUUCUGGGCUCCUGUGUCAGUGAGCAGAUGACAAGAAUUUCCAACCAAGUGCUUUGUCUUCAUAGGCUCAUAUUCCCAAGCCAAAGUACAGAAGGGUGGGACAGCCUUUGGGGCUGGUAUAGUAACUGUGUUUCUGCUGCCUUUGUCAUCCGAGCACAGUUUUGGUCCUUUAUCCCCCACGCACUUAUGUGCAGCCAGGGGAGGGGGAAGCUCUCCCCUCACUCCACUUGGGAAACCUGCUUACGUGAAAUACUAGUCUGGUAAGAUUUGUUCUAGUUAGAAGGUCAACAGAAUAUCUGUUUAUCUUUUAUUAAAAGCCAGUGUAGCGGCAGCCGGGGCUGGAAGGAGGCGGGUGGAUUCUGGCAGUGUUCUGCUGGCAGGUUUCUGCUUGAACUUGAAAGGUCAAACUGUGUUUUCUUUGAAACUAUUACAGGACUCUGGCUCCCUUCUCUGUGUUGGACAGUUUUCCCCACUUGGUGAUUAUGCUAUGUUGCAUUGUGGUCUGGGGCUCUUCAGGGACUUUCAGGUUGUCCCACGCUGUCUGGAAACCUUACAAGCCUCGUCCCCACUGCUUUGGCUACUCUGCCUGCAGGCAUUACCUCUGGGCCAGGGGACAGGAUGGAUGACUGUGUGCUGAGGAACUGAGAGGCCCUGGCUGUGGUCCUCACCCUUUGUUUGCUGCUGAGGUACUCUGGGCAGGAUAUGAGAUGCCCCUGCCCUCUGCUCAUGCCUCUCUCUAUCUAACAGGUCAUCCUGUGGCUUCCAGAGUAGGUACCGCCAGCCCAGCUCAAGUUCUCUGCUUAAUGGGAAUAGAAUAAUGGCAGGGCCCAGUCUCCUCUCAGCCCUCUGGGUUAGAGACUGUUCUUCCACACUCUGAUCCAGUCUUUCCUUUCAUGGCUGUACCAAGUCUUAGGGCUCCGAGCCUUGCUGAGACUCCUUCAUGUGACUGAGCUUCUGUAGCUGAUACUUCUGCUUGGAUGUGGGGGGACACUUCCACUGUUACCUCCACAAGGGGUUCUCCUGGUCACAACCCUGGAAACUAUAUUUUGCAGGUGUUAAUAGGCAUCCAGAUGCCCCCAGCUCUGUUGAUACACUAAAGCAGAUGUGGGAGGGCUCCAGAUAGAAGGCCUUAGCCAGAGUUUCUCUCUGUGAUAAUGAAUGUCAAAUGGUGUUUCUUAGAAAACCAUCUGGACUUCAGUUUUGUGGGCCCCAUUUGAUACUCAAGCCUCCCGGGCCCUGUUUGCAUCUCAUCAGACCAUGUCAUCCUUCAGAUGAACAGAAAGGACUUGCCUGAGGCCACACAGCCGCCUAGUGGCAAAGCUGUCACUAGACCCACAACAGCCUUGGGCCCAUUCCUGCAUACCAACUGUACUUCCUGUUGGCACAGCAAGCAGUUGCAUUUCCUGGAGCCUGGGUUUUGAGGAAGCCUGGUAGCUGGGGUCUCUGCACUGGCGGGCAGGUGCUGAGUUCCUAGGGUAUUGAUAGGGCCUCUGCCUCUGCAGUUUUCCAGCAUGACAAGCUUUGAUCAGUGAGGACCCAGGGGCUUGGGUGAAGGAAAUGGAGGAGGAGGGAUUGCACUAAAGUGCUUCUUUGGGUUUUCAGUGACUGGGACAAAGUUAUCCAGACAAACUGCAUUAGCUACCCUUGACUUCUUUGUUCUAAAUCAGGACAGAAAAUGAUAAAAUGAACCAAUUCUCUGAUCUCUCUUUUCUUCCUCCCUCUCUCCAUCCCUCCCUUCCUCAGUUUUUUGGUGGUGCUGGGAACGUCCCCAAGGCCUUGUUCAUGCUGAGUGAGUGUCCUGCCACUGAGUCUAGGCCCAGGCCUCUCCAGGUUUUAAAAUGGAGAUGGGUAAUAAAAGCCCAGCUCAGGUGACCAGGCAGGGCACAGCCAGUGUCAUUUUCUUUUCUUUGACCCUUUAUGGUGCCAACUCAAACAUCACCUUUUGUCCUUUGUUUCUCAGUCUGCAAAGACAGCUGUGUUGUGUGUACUUGUGUCGGGUCCUGGGGUUCCGAUAGAACAUAUGGCUUCUGGGCCAGCAGCAACCAGGUUAGUUAGCCAUACUCUGGAACUCCAUGUUCCCUCCCCAGCUUCUAGUUACCCCUAAAUCAAAGACAAAGACAGGUUGGUACAAUGAACAAGGCUGAUCCUGCCGCCCACUCGGCGGAGGGCUUCUGAGGCAUCCUACCAAGCUCUGGUGUCUGUUUUUGCCACCAGCCGCUUGCCCACACCAAUCCCAUGUCUCUUUGCAGCCAGGCUAUGUGCUCCUUUGGGAGAAAGAAGACAACGCCCAGAGCCAAGGGCCGUCUGCAGUGAGCAGUAGCUGGGGCAGUGGCUUUGACCUGGGCCUUAACAGCCCCAGCGGAUAGUGCGGAUAGUGCGGAUAGUGCUCUUGGCUGCAAGACUGGAGUUAGUUGCCAUUGUCUCUGGUUCUGUGACAUUUCUACUUGAAAGGGUGAAAUUCCCCUUCCCACUCCUUAGCGUCUAUGCCAACUUGUGAUGUCCCCGCCUGAUCUCCAGCUCCCAGGGUGCCGGGGUUGCCAUGUGAAGAGAUGCCCAUGUGGUAGAACCUAAGAGGUGUAGUUUGACCCCUGUGACGAUGACUUUUCUUUGCUUCCUCUCAGUGAGGGGGGUGAUUUGUAGAUCCUGACUGCCUAUGUGAUGUAAAUAGUGUACAUCUAAUUUAUUGCUAUGGUAGCACAUUGUAUUUGUUAAUGUAUAAAAACAAAUUCUAAAAGGUCGAAAAUGUAUAUUUUGUUGCUUAAAUGUGUCUUUGCAGAAAUUGACAAUAAAUAACAUAUUUUGUGUCCAUUAGAGUUCACAUUUCUUGGAGCGGGGCUCUCCUAGACUUUCGGCAGGGCCUUUCAACUGGAGGGUGGCUAUCAGCUUGAACCUCUUUGAAAACUUUAUUAAUAUUAAAAAUAAACAAAGCAAACAAACUUGG